AUGCCCUGGGCCCAUAACCUGUACGGCUUUCUUGAGUAUUCGAAAGGACAGGUAACAGCACGAAGUAACAGAAUUAGUGAUAAAAGCAACGGCGAAAUAGCUUUCUCACGAUCCUGCUUUAAUGGACGAUGUUUGCGACCACGACACCAUAGAGCCUCACUUCAGUUCAGAGGUGUCUUCAAACAUGAAGUGCCAGGCCUUUCUUCUGUUGACACUUCUCCUCGCCACGUGUGCGGGUCUUGUGAUGGCGACCUGCGACGCCUCCUACUGCUCCCUAUACUGCUUGAAAGUGGGAGGCCCGCUGCCUCGGAACUUGACGCCAUGCAACAACAACUGCGUCAAUGCCCCGACCUGCCCUUCCUCGCCCUGAGAAGACGACGCAUGUCAUGGUGGUUGAGCUGACACAAUUAAAAAUACAGACCCACUGUCCAA